CAGAGCUGCUUCAGCCCAAAUUGGCUGUAAUCUCUUUCCCCAUGCUUGAGGGCGCCGAGUUCUACUUUAACGUGGACCAUGGCUACCUGGAAGGCCUGGUGCGAGGGUGCAAGGCCAGCCUCCUGACCCAGCAGGACUACAUCAACCUGGUCCAGUGCGAGACCCUGGAAGAUGUGAAAAUUCAUCUCCAGACCACUGAUUAUGGAAACUUCUUGGCUAAUCAAACAAAUCCUCUUACUGUUUCCAAAAUUGACACGGAGAUGAGGAAAAAGCUAUGCAGAGAAUUUGAAUAUUUCCGGAAUCAUUCCCUGGAACCCCUGAGCACAUUUUUUACAUACAUGACGUGCAGUUACAUGAUAGACAAUGUGAUUCUACUGAUGAACGGUGCAUUGCAAAAAAAACCUGUGAAAGAAAUUCUGGUCAAGUGCCACCCGUUGGGCCGUUUCACGGAAAUGGAAGCAGUCAACAUUGCGGAGACACCUUCUGAUCUCUUUAAAGCCAUUCUGGUGGAAACACCAUUAGCUCCAUUCUUUCAAGACUGUAUGUCUGAAAAUACCUUUGAUGAACUGAAUAUUGAAUUACUGCGCAAUAAACUGUACAAAUCUUACCUCGAGGCAUUCUAUAAAUUCUGUAAGAAUCAUGGUGAUGUCACAGCAGAAAUCAUGUGUCCUAUUCUUGAGUUUGAGGCUGACAGACGUGCAUUUAUCAUCACUCUUAACUCCUUUGGCACUGAACUGAGCAAAGACGACCGGGAGACCCUCUACCCUACCUGCGGCAAGCUCUACCCUGAAGGGUUGCGCCUUUUGGCUCAAGCAGAAGACUUUGAUCAGAUGAGGAGAGUAGCAGACCAUUAUGGAGUAUACAAGCCUUUGUUUGAGGCUGUGGGUGAUGGCAGUGGAGGAAAGACAUUGGAGGAUGUGUUUUAUGAGCGUGAGGUACAAAUGAACGUGCUGGCAUUCAACAGGCAAUUCCACUAUGGUGUGUUUUACGCAUACACAAAGCUGAAGGAACAAGAAAUGAGAAAUAUUGUGUGGAUAGCAGAAUGCAUUUCACAAAGACAUCGAACCAAAAUUAACAGUUACAUUCCAAUUUUAUAACCCAGUGUGGGGCCUCCAGUGCAGGACAUCUUAAAUAUUAAGAAGAGCUUCCAAGGAAAAUAAAAAGAGUUGUGUUGUGUUAUCUGGGUUACACAAAAAUAAUUCAC